UUGAAUUAUAUCAAUUAAGCAAUUGAAAAUAUCAUUUAACAUUCAUUUCCUUUUUAUAUUUUUCUUUUAACGAUUUACAAAUAAAGAUUAUAAAUCUCUACAAGUUCUGACUAACCCUGCCUUACUUUUUCAUAUUGCUCAAAAUCAUGAUGAUUCCAUAGAUAACCGAAGAGAAAAAUGACGCAUAAACAAACGACUUUACCGUUCUAGACACACUGUUAGCUAAGAAAAUUCCAUGAUUCAACAAAAUAAGAUGGAUUCAAAAUAUCUAUUUACCAUUCUUGUAUUGAAUAUUAUAAUCGUCCUAAAUCAGUUCAAAGCUCAGGAUAUAACAGUAACUACAGAUGCGGUUGUCCCAAUAAAUCCAUUGAAUAACGGUAAGAUCAAUUCAGAUGUCACCGUACCAAGUAACACUAUCUCAACUAAUUUGAAUAUAGAUAGAACAUUUUGCUUUUUCAAGACUGAUUUGUGUCCAUGCAACAUUACUUUUAGAACCAUAGACGGAAGUUGUAAUAAUCCUUUUAAUGCCGAAUGGGGACAAGCCGCAACAGCCCAUUUAAGAUUCCUGGAAGCCGAUUAUGAUGAUGGAAUUUCAAAGAUACGAACCUCGGUGAUAGAUGGUGGAAAAUUACCUAAUGUCCGAGAUAUAAGUAAUUCGAUACUUGGACAAUUUAUGGAUAGGGAUGCUCCACAACUAUCUGUUUUGACCACUAUUUGGGGACAAUUUAUUGAUCACGACAUGACUAAAACGAUGCUAGCGAGUAAGCCCGACGGGAAUGGUAUGGAUUGCUGUGAUGAAGACAUAGAUAGCCAAUUGUGCGAUCAUAUAAACACCACACAAGAUUCUUUCUUUCAUAGUUUUAACGUUAAAUGUUUGGGUUUCACUAGGUCUCAAUCCAUGGAUGAUCAAAAAGCUAGUGAACAAGUGAAUGAAAUGACUUCAUUUUUAGAUGCCUCCCCUAUUUACGGCGUAACCGAGCAACGCAUAAAAAACUUAAGAACUUUUGAAAAAGGCAUGAUGAAAUCCACUCUCCCCAUUAAACGAACGGGUAUGAAAAAGUCUAUUUUGCCGCUUUUAGAUGAUGAGGAGGCUUGUGCUGAUCAAGCGACAAACUCAAAAGGCCAAUGCGUUUUAGCAGGUGACGAUAGAUUUGCGGAGCAGAUAUCAUUAACCUUAAUGCAUAUCAUACUUUUACGCCAGCACAAUGUGAUAGCCGAAAAAUUAGCUAGUUUGAACCUUAAAUGGAAUGACGAAAGAAUUUUUCAAGAAACUAGAUUUGGGCACAGCAUGAUCACAACUAAUUACGAUUGUUUGGAUAAAAAUUUCAACGGAUUCAAAUCUAUCCCGCCUAUCCCUUUAAGAACAGUAUUUCUAGCCAAUUUCUUUUACCAUAACCCCCCUACGUCAAUAUUUAUCAAUAGUAAUACCGUUAAUAUAGCCGAUUGCUUGCUAAGAGGACUAGUAUCGAAACCUGCGAAAAUUGUCGAUCAGAUAUUAUCGGAAGAAGUUAGGCAACAUUUGUUUCAAUCAACGACACAAUCAUUUGGAAUAGAUUUGGGUUCCAUGAACAUUAUGAGAGGCCGGGACCAUGGCUUACAGUCCUAUGUUAACUUUAGGAAGCUCUGUCAACUUUCUACCCCAAGAACCUUCGACGAUUUAAUCAACAUAAUACCCAACAAUUCUAUCGAUGCCUUCAAAUUACUCUACAAAAGUACUUUAGAUCUUGAUUUGUUUCCUGUUGGAUUAGCUGAAUUUCCUUUAAAAGGUUCCUUGUUAGGCCCAACUUUCACUUGUUUGUUGGCUAAACAAUUCAAGGCACUGAGAUCUGGUGAUUCUUAUUGGUUCGAAAAUGAUAUCCCUAAAGCUCUGUUCACUUUGGAGCAACUUUUAGAAAUUCGUAAAGUAACUCUCGCUAAAUUAGUUUGUGGCAAUGCUGACGAUAUGCCGGAGAUACAAGCUCGUCCACUUAUGACCAUUCAUCCUAAUUGGAAUCCAUUGUUAAGCUGUUCUUUCUUCCCUCAAAUGGAUUUCAAUGCUUGGAAAGAAAAUUAACAAAAACGCACAUAUAACCAAAA